AUGGAUUUUUUGAGAGAAGGUGGUUCAGUUUCACAUCCUCCUCUCCUCGAUGGCUGCAAUGACUCUUAUUGGAAAGUUCGUAUGAAGGCGUUCAUCAAAGCACUUGAUGAGAAAGCGUGGCGUGCUGUGUUGAUUGGUUGGACGCACCCCGUUACUAAAAAUGAUGCUGGAGAAGAAGCUAUGAAACCCGAAGAGAAAUGGUCUACUGAAGAAGAUCGAUUGGCGAAUAGCAAUUCAAGAGCUCUUAAUGCCAUCUUCAAUGAAGUGGAUGCCAAUCAAUUCAAGCUCAUUUCUACAUGUGAGAUGGCUAAGGAGGCUUGGGAAAUUCUGCAAAUGGCGCAUGAGGGCACGACAGCCGUGAGACUAUCAAAGCUUCAAAUUCUUACUACUAGGUUUGAAAACUUACGCAUGCUUGAAGAUGAAACAAUUUUUGAUUUCAAUUCAAAAUUGUGUGAUAUUGCUAAUGAGGCAUUUGCCCUUGGAGAGAAAAUAUCAGAGGAGAAGCUUGUGAGGAAGGUCUUGAGGUCUCUUCCACGGAGGUUUGCUUAUAAGGUGACAGCUAUUGAGGAAGCCAAAGAUAUCCAAACAAUGAAACUUGAUGAGCUAAUGGGUUCUUUGCGCACUUUUGAGAUGAAUUUGGAUGAAAACAAGGAAGGAAAGAAGGAGAAAAGUAUUACAUUACAAGCCAAAGUUGAUUAUGAUGAUGAAGAAGACUUGGCCCAGUCCAUAACAAAGUUGUCGAAGAAAUUCAACAAGGUGAUGAAGAAGGUCAAUAGGAAGAAUGAGAAUUCAAGAAAUGGCAAUUCCAGCAACUUUCAGAAGAAUAAAGCUGCAGCAAAUAACAUAGAGAUGAAGACCAAAAACAGGGGUAUUCAAUGCCGGGAAUGCGACGGAUAUGGCCACAUUCAAUCCGAGUGUGCCAACACCCUCAAGAAGAAGAAGAAGUCGUUUAAUGCUACAUGGAGUGAUGAAGACUCUGAAGGCAGUCCGGAGGAUGAAGACCAUGUGAGCAACUAUGUUGCUUUCAAUGUUUAUACUGAUCAAAGUGUUUUUGUAGACAGUGUUACAAAAAGUGUCGCAGACAGUGUUGCAACACUGCCUGUAACAGAUUCUGUGAACAGUGAAAACGGAGGAGAUUUUUCAGAUUCUGAAAGUGACAGUGAUGGUGAGGAGUUGACUAUUGAUGCCACACAAGAAUCCUAUAAGACCAUGUUCAGCAAAUGGAUUAAAGUGUGUGAAAUGAAUAAGUCUCUACGAGAGCAAGUUGGUGAGCUUGUUAAAGAGAAUGAUGUGCUUAAGAGGGUUGCCGUUAACAAUGAAUUUCAAGCUACUAAAAAUGAGAAAAAGUUGCAGGACACAAGAGCUGAACUAGAGAGCACUCAGAAAAAUUUGAAGAUGAUGAAUUCCGGCACCACCAAAUUGGAUCAUAUUCUCUCUAUAGGAAAAGCAAGUUGUGAUCGUCAUGGACUUGGCUACACCGUUGAAUGUUCAACGUCCAAGACAGUAUUUGUGAAGGAGACACAUGCUUCUGAACCUCGGACAACCCUCAAUAAGAAGGUUAUUAUUUCACCUCCUCGACGUAAAAGAUUUGUUCCCAUAUGUCAUUACUGCGGUUUAGCUGGCCAUAUAAGACCAAGAUGCUAUAAGUAUUUGAAUGCUUUGAAGAGAGGUAUGCUCAUGAAUCCACCAAAUUCCGCAAACUCAAGAAGGACACCUAAAGCAAGGAUUGAUGUGCAAAACAAAUUUCCUAGACGUGUUUGGGUAAGGAAAUCUGAUUUAAGGUGUCAUAGGACUUAUACUUCUUUAGAAGCAUGUACUAAUGGUUGUGUGUGUAGUAAUGGUGGCUGGUCCAAGCAUUUGACAGGUGAUAAUAUCAAGUUUAAGAGAGUGUUACAUUCAGGGGGAGUAAGACUCGUAGAAGACUCAGGGGGAGCAACAGCUUCUAAAAGGUUAUUUUAUUAG